GCCCUAGUUACCUACUAUUUAUAAUUAGGAUCACGUUAAAUCAUAUUCCUUUUUUGUGUCAUAUCUAGUGAUCCUCAUGUGUAUUAAGAAACUCCCAAGACCUUAUUCCUAUGAAGCUGAAUUUCCCUCACCCCAGAGCUGUUUACUAACUCUCAACUCCUGCCAGUCCCUUCCUAUUCCCACCUCUCUACCACUAGCACUCAUCUACUCAUACCUCAAGGGGACUUGUGUAUAACAUUUAACAAUCAUUCACCAACAAAUGUUUAUUGAGCACUCUGUGACGGAGAUUAAAUAGGCAUUGGAAACACUAUGGCAAAGAAGGUCCUUACACUCAUGGAGCUCACAGACUAAGGAGGCAUACAAAGCCUAGAUUGAAGUGGAGGUGGGCAGGAAGUUGGCAUACCUUAUUUCACUCUGUAGGCUACAACCUAGCCUUUGUUAAUAAUAAUGCCUCUUCCAAACCUCCAGGAGCUUAAAGUCAUUAUCUCCACCACCAUUCAUAAAUUCACCUAGAGUUGAAAAGCUUGUUUAUUCAGAUUUUGUAACAAUAAAUGGUCAAUUCAUCAGAAAAACACAAUUAUCUUAAAACUAAUAUAACUAAUAAAAGAGCUUAGAAACAUGAAGUAUGUAGCACUUUGGGAGGCCAAUGUGGGAGGAUCACUUGAGCUCAGGAGUUUGAGACCAGCCUGAGCAGAAACAAGAUCCCCUCUCUACAAAAAAUAAGAGAAAUUAGCUGGGUGUUGUGGCAUAUGCUUGUAGUCCCAGCUACUUGGAAGGCUGAGGCAGGAGGAUUGCUUAGACUAAGAGUUUGAGACUGCAGUGAGCUAUGAUGAUGCCACUGCACUCUACCUGGACAAGAAAAACUCUCAAAAACAAAACCCAUGAAGUAUGUUAGUGGGACUAUUUUUGUUUGUCUGCAGUUUGGCCAGGGCCAGGUUUGAGCCCACCACCCUCAGGGUAGGGGGCCGGUGCCCUACUCACUAAGCUAUAGGUGCUGAGCCAGUAAAAAUUAUUGAUGAAGACAAUUCAGAAAACAGAUGUUGAGUGGAAAUUCAUAGACACUAAUUCCAUCCCCUUUGCCCUGAGGAAAAGACUAAAGUCCCAAGAGGGGACUCCUGGGGCAGUGCUCUUUUCACCCAGUCCAGCACAGAGCACAGCAGUCUAAUGAGUGUACAUUCCCUUCAUCCCUUUUUUAACAAACUUGAUGGAGCUAAGGAGCUUCAGAAAACUGACCACCAUCCUUCAUCAAGGGAUUGUUGUCUCCUCUGCUGGAACUACUGGCACAAAGUGAUCAGCUCUCCCUCUUGCCCCUCAUUAGCUGAGCUACCUUUUAUCUGUUUUUUUAAAUGUAUUUAUUAUUAAAUCAUAGCUGUGUACAUUAAUGCAAUCAUGGGGCACCAUACACUGGUUUUAUAUAUCAUUUGACAUAUUUUCAUCACACUGGUUAACAUGUAAUCAUACAAUUUGUGGCAUUUUGUAUCUGGCUUCUUAAUGUUUUUAUGGGUUAUGCAUGUUGUAGCAUGCAUCAGUACUUGAUUCAUUUUUGUGGCUGAAUAAUUUUCUAUCAUGAAUGUACCACAUUUGUUUAUUCGAAAUUUAUCAGUUGAUGAAUUUUGGGUUAUUUCUAUCUUUGGGACUAUUAUAAAUAGUGCUGCUGCUAUGAACAUUUCACAUACAAGUUUUUUAUCUGGGGGUGGUGUUUUUUCUAAAACAGAGUUGCUCUGUUGCCUGGGCAGGAGUGCAAUGGCGUCAUCAUAGCUCAAUGCAGCUCAAAUUCCUGAGCUUGAGGAAUCCUGCCUCAGCCUCUUGAAUAGCUAGGAUUAGGUGUGCACCACACUACCUAGUUAAUUUUUCUUAUUUUUUGUAGAGAUGAAGUCUUGCUCUUUUUCAGACUAGUCUCAAACUCCUGGCUUCAAGCAGUCCUCUCACCUCAGCCUCCCAAAGUGCUAAGAUUACAGUCAUGACCCACAGUACAAGUUUUUGAGUAGGCAUAUAUUUUUGUUUCUCUUGAGUGUAUAUAGAAGUUGGAAUGCUGGGGACACCUGAUAACUUUGUGUUGAACUUUUUAAGGAACUACAUGUUUUCCAAAGUGACUACACCAACUUACGUUGCUGCCAACAAUGUAAGAGGAAUCCAACUUUUUCAUAUCAUCCUGGUGGCUAUAAAAUGAUGGAAUGGUUCUAAAUUUCUGGUGGCCAGUGAGUGCUGCGGCGCCUGCCCGGAUCCAGUAAGGCACAAAACAGCUGUGGGAGGAGUCAGCGGAAGGGCAAAACGUAGCCCAAGCGGCUGUAUCUACCUAGUGAGUGCAGUGUAGGCUGCCCGGAGCAGAGCCAUGAGCUGGACCUGCCCCCGUUGCCAGCAACCCGUUUUCUUUGCUGAGAAGGUGAGCUCCCUGGGCAAAAACUGGCACCGCUUCUGCCUGAAAUGUGAGCGCUGCCACAGUGUCCUGUCUCCUGGUGGGCAUGCAGAGCACAACGGGAGGCCAUACUGCCACAAGCCGUGCUAUGGGGCUCUCUUUGGACCCAGGGGGGUGAACAUUGGUGGUGUGGGUGCCUAUCUGUACAACUCCCCCACUUCCACUCCUGCCAGCACUACUCCCCUCAGCCCCAGUAGCUUCAGCCCUCCCAGGCCAAGGACUGGCCUCCCCCAAAGCAAGAAAAGCCCUCCCCACAUGAAGACAUUCACUGGGGAGACCUCGCUGUGCCCUGCCUGUGGUGAACCUGUCUAUUUUGCUGAGAAGGUAAUGUCUUUGGGCAGAAAUUGGCACCGACCCUGUCUGAGGUGCCAGCGUUGCCGGAAGACCCUGACUGCUGGGAGUCAUGCCGAACAUGAUGGAGUCCCCUACUGCCACAUCCCCUGCUACGGCUACCUGUUUGGCCCUAAAGGUGUGAACAUUGGUGAUGUGGGCUGCUACAUUUAUGACCCAGUGGAGAUAAAAUCCAAAUGAGACGUGCACAGAAGAUGCCACCCUAAAUCAGGUUCCUGCCAUCCCCUUCUGGUCCAGUGGGAACUGCAAAAUUCUCCAGUCUUAUUAGCACGUGGGAAGAUGAGAUCCUGGGGACCUGGACCUAGGCUCC